AUGAGAGGUUUUUGCGACUGUUUCAACAUUAAAAGACAUUGUCUGCUAAAAUCUCGCCCCAGAAAGCGAACUCGGCUAACAUCCGACUCAGAUGACUGUCUGCCUUUACCGUUUAAAAGAACAGCACAUACUACCAACAUGUCUGCUGCUAUCUCCAAGUCCGAGAAUAAAACACCACCGGUUUCUUCAAAAAAUAUAACAACUGUACCAAUAGAUAUUUUUGGUGCUGUUGACUGUGAUUCAGACUCCUCAGAUAUUUUCGAUUUGCCACUUACUAUUGGUACUACUAAAACUUCUAAGCGUAAAGUGCGGAGCAAUCCAACGCAAAUUAUGACGCCUGUUGUUGCAGACCACACCUAUGCCGCCGUGACAAAUAAAAAAAAUGUCGAUCAUCAACAUAAAAAUAACUGGAAAAUAUAA